CAUAGACACUCGGUGUACAAACGCGGUACGGCAGACAGGUUUUGAUGCGCCGCGCGUCACGUGACUGAUGCGGAAGCAAAGCCCGCCGCUCCGCUCGUGUCUAAUAACAGUCUGGCUUGCCAUGGUUCUGCCACCCCUCAGCCAUUCCAGUUAUCUUCGUCUGUCUAGUAGAUGGCACCGCGUUUGUCUUCCGCCGCACAUUCAAAAAUUUCCUGCAAAGUCUAUUUCUAUACUUUCACGACCAUUUACAUUCCACAUUGGCGUUAGCUGGGCAGCGAAACCACCGGACCCAAAGAUUACACGGUUUCAUACACCAUUCCCCGCCGAUUCGUGCAUUGGAAGAUGGAGGGAUAGAAUGCUAGCCCUUCGCGAAAAGAAUGUAAGCAGGGAUGCCGGAGAAGACUUCUUCUAUGUCACACAGAUGCACAAUGGCUCGGGCGUUGCUUUUGGUAUAGCUGACGGAGUUGGCGGUUGGAUAGACUCCGGAGUCGAUCCGUCACUCUUUGCGCAGUCACUGAUGUACUAUGCACAUCGUUCUUCCCGUGAUUCGUGGGCUGGGGAACCCGAAUUUGACCCAACGCAAGAUCAACAGGAACGCAAUCAGGUGGACGGGCGAGAAUUAACACCAUACCAAUGUCUGGAUCUUGCGUACCAUGGCGUACUACGAGAUAACCUUGUAGAAGCUGGAUCUAGCACCGCCUGUUUGGUUAGUCUGAACGCUGCUUCUGGCGUUUUACGAGCCGCUAAUUUAGGCGACAGCGGCUUCAUGAUUAUUCGUUCGUCAGCCAUAAUACAUCGACAACCAGCUCAGACGCAUUUCUUCAAUUGUCCUUUACAGCUUACGAAGUUACCUCCAUCGACCAAUGCCGAUAUGCAUUAUAUUGACCUACCUGAUGCAGCCGCGGAGUACGAAGCGAAGCUCAGAGAUGGUGACAUCGUGGUCGCAUAUACCGAUGGACUAUCAGAUAAUGUGUUUCCUAGAGAUAUUGUAACAAUCUGCUCGCUGGUCGCUCGCUCCGUGCAUUCGGAAAGUGAACAAGUACAGGCCAUGGCAGACGCCAUAGUUCAUUACGCCCGGACUUGCAUGCGAGACCAGAAGAGGGUGAGCCCUUUUGAGCGGGAAGCUAGCCGAGAAGGCUUGCUCUUUCGUGGGGGGAAAAUUGACGAUGUCACAGUAGUCACGGCGCUGGUUCGCGAGACACCAUAGCGUCGGUGCCAGAUCAUUCGAUCAUCAUUGCAUCAUCAUCAUCCUGUGGAGCUCGGGAUUUCAACCAAUUCUUACAAGCUGAUGGCUCGAUUGUUGGACAUCAGCCUGUUCCGCACCAGAGAUAUUUUACAUAAGAUAUACCUAUGUAGUGAUCUUCAAGCUAGUCUAGUGUUGUGUAGGUAGUGCGUAUCAAUUUUGAUGACACUUAGGGUAAAGCUCACCCACAUGUCGUAAGCAG